UUAAGUAGAAAGUAAUCUAUCAGGCCAGUCCUUAAAACGGGACUUUCGACUACCGGGGCUUCGGCGUCCCUGACACCCAGCCCCCUGCCCCCCCGCUACUGUCCCUGCCUGCGCCCUCCCGAGCUGCUCGGCGCCCGGCGUCCCGCGCCCGCCUGGACCGCUCCUGCGCCCCACGCCAGGGCCAGAGGCCGAGGAAGGCGGGCUAAGUGAGGGGGCGCGGCGUGGAGAACCGCCGGGGCCGAGAGCCGUAGCGAGCGCCUAGUACCGAGCGCCAGGGACGGCAGGAGUUCGCGGAGCACGGCCGCUGGGGGCAGACGGCAGAGCCCGCGCCGCGCGAUGCGGGGCCGCCGAGUGUGAGCUGAGCCCAGCGGGCCCCAAGCCACCUGCGGCCCCCUCCCCUCUCCCUGCCCCCCAUCUUUCGGGGGCCCUCAAACCCUCUUCCCCUGAGCUCCGCGGCAGCCCCCGACCACCCCCAUCGCCCGCUGCCCCCUCCCCGCCGCCGCUACCAACCCCGAGGAGGGAUGACCCUCUCCGGCGGCGGUAGCGCCAGCGACAUGUCCGGCCAGACGGUGCUGACGGCCGAGGACGUGGACAUCGAUGUGGUGGGCGAGGGCGACGACGGGCUGGAGGAGAAGGACAGCGACGCGGGUUGCGAUAGCCCCGCGGGGCCGCCGGAGCUGCGCCUGGACGAGGCGGACGAGGUGCCCCCGGCGGCACCCCAUCACGGACAGCCUCAGCCUUCCCACCAGCAGCCCCUGGCAUUGCCCAAGGAGGCGGCCGGAGCCGGCGCCGGACCGGGGGGCGACGUGGGCGCGCCGGAGGCGGACGGCUGCAAGGGCGGUGUUGGCGGCGAGGAGGGCGGCGCGAGCGGCGGCGGGCCUGGCGCGGGCAACGGUUCGGCGGGAGGCCUGGCCCCGAGCAAGCCCAAGAACAGCCUAGUGAAGCCGCCCUACUCGUACAUCGCGCUCAUCACCAUGGCCAUCCUGCAGAGCCCGCAGAAGAAGCUGACCCUGAGCGGCAUCUGCGAGUUCAUCAGCAACCGCUUCCCCUACUACCGGGAGAAGUUCCCCGCCUGGCAGAACAGCAUCCGCCACAACCUCUCACUCAACGACUGCUUCGUCAAGAUCCCCCGCGAGCCGGGCAACCCGGGCAAGGGCAACUACUGGACCCUGGACCCGCAGUCCGAGGACAUGUUCGACAACGGCAGCUUCCUGCGGCGCCGGAAACGCUUCAAGCGCCACCAGCAGGAGCACCUGCGCGAGCAGACGGCGCUCAUGAUGCAGAGCUUCGGUGCCUACAGCCUGGCGGCGGCGGCCGGCGCCGCGGGACCCUACGGCCGCCCCUACGGCCUGCACCCGGCGGCGGCGGCGGCCGGUGCCUAUUCGCACCCGGCAGCGGCGGCGGCCGCGGCGGCUGCGGCGGCGCUCCAGUACCCGUACGCGCUGCCGCCGGUGGCGCCGGUGCUGCCUCCCGCCGUGCCGCUGCUGCCCUCGGGCGAGCUGGGCCGCAAAGCGGCCGCCUUCGGCUCACAGCUCGGCCCGGGCCUGCAGCUGCAGCUCAAUAGCCUGGGCGCCGCCGCGGCCGCUGCGGGCACAGCGGGCGCCGCGGGCACCACCGCGUCGCUCAUCAAGUCCGAGCCAAGCGCGCGGCCGUCGUUCAGCAUCGAGAACAUCAUAGGUGGGGGCCCCGCGGCUCCCGGAGGCUCGGCGGUGGGCGCUGGGGUCGCCGGCGGCACUGGGGGUUCCGGGAGCGGCAGCACGGCGCAGUCGUUUCUGCGGCCACCCGGGACUGUGCAGUCGGCAGCGCUCAUGGCCACGCACCAACCGCUGUCGCUGAGCCGGACGACUGCCACCAUCGCGCCCAUUCUGAGCGUGCCACUCUCCGGACAGUUUCUGCAGCCCGCAGCCUCGGCCGCCGCCGCUGCUGCCGCCGCCGCUCAAGCCAAAUGGCCGGCGCAAUAGGGACGCGCCAAUGGCCGGGACCCAGGGCCCGGCGGCGGCCUCGAGCAGCAGCUGCACCUCCAGGCUGCGCGCCCCGUCCCGAGCCCGGUCCCGGUCCCGCUCCCGUUGCCCAAUCCUGGACUCUGCCUCUCCCCCAUUUCCUUUCCCCUGAGCCCCCAACGCCUACCUUCCGCGGCCUCCACCCCCUCGCGCACGCUUAAGCUGGUCGAGCAAACUCACCGCGCGCCCGCCGGGGAUAGCUUUCCAUACAGGUAAAACCGAAAACCGAAUUUUCCAAAAAUGCACUCCGACGGCCCCUGUUCUUAGUACCGUGGGGAUGGGAGGGAAAUUCUUUGUAUAUAUUUGUAAAAAAAUUAUUGACUUUCCUUUUGGGGUUUUUAUUUUUUUAAGAAAAAACAAAUUCCGUAGAUUUAGAGCUCUGAACUUUCAUUUUUUUUGAAGGUUCACUCUCCGAAGUUUUAUCUGAGAAAAGAAUGUAUGGAGACGUUGGGAGAUUUUAAAUAUAAAAAAUUUUCAAAAAGGCAAACAGUGUCAUUCUAUUAUAAAAGUCUGUUUAUAUAUGAAUGAAUAUAUAUGGUAUUCUAAAUGUUAUUCCAUCGUGUUGUACACAACUUUGUAAAUAAAUUUUUAAAAUGCC